CUAACAUUAGAGACAUUAUCCACCAUCAUAUCAAUUCUUCCCCACAGACAAACUCCCCACUUUCUCAAAGUUAUUAUAACUUCUGACACUCCUCUCAAUCCCAAGCCGAAAUCAUUCAACAUUGAUCAUCAAACAAAACAAAUUUCCACAAUACUAUCUAGAAAAUUAUCAUGGGUUCUAAGCCAACAAAUAAUCCAUUUCCCAUCAAAACCAUAGUGGUCCUAGUACAAGAAAACCGCUCAUUUGAUCACAUGCUGGGAUGGAUGAAAACCCUCAAUCCGGAAAUCGACGGCGUUGCCACCGGAACCGAAUAUUCCAACCCUGUGUCCACCUCCGAUCCCAACUCCGGCCAAAUAUUUUUCGGGGAUAAAUCCGUGUACGUUGACCCGGACCCGGGCCACUCGAUCCAAGAGAUAUACGAACAGAUUUUCGGGGUGCAAUGGAGCCAAGACGUGGCUUCCAAGCAACUAACGCCCACCAUGCAGGGUUUUGCACAAGAUGCUGAAAGGAAACAGAAAGGGAUGUCCGAGACCGUGAUGAACGGGUUCAAACCGAACGCGGUGCCGGUUUAUAAAGAGCUGGUGUCGGAGUUCGCCGUGUGUGACCGGUGGUUUGCGUCGGUUCCGGCAUCCACGCAGCCGAACCGGUUGUAUGUGCAUUCGGCUACUUCUCAUGGUUUGAGCGGAAAUGAUACAAAGCUUUUGCGGGCCGGGAUGCCUCAGAAAACCAUAUUUGAUUCCUUGGAUGAAGCUGGUCUUAGCUUCGGGAUUUACUACCAAGACCCUCCUUCCACACUUUUCUACAGGAAUCUUCGGAAACUCAAGUACUUGAACAACUUUCACCCUUUUGAUCUCACUUUCAAAAGGCAUUGCAAAGAGGGAAAGCUUCCAAAUUAUGUAGUGGUUGAACAGAGGUACUUUGACCUAAAGAUAUUGCCAGGCAAUGAUGAUCAUCCUUCUCAUGAUGUGUUCGAGGGCCAAAAAUUUGUGAAACAAGUCUAUGAAGCGUUAAGAUCAGGUCCACAAUGGAAUGAGAUGGUAUUUGUAAUUGUAUACGAUGAGCAUGGUGGUUUUUUCGACCAUGUUCCGACUCCUGUCACCGGAGUUCCUAGCCCUGAUGACCUUGUUGGACCGGAGCCUUACAAGUUCCAGUUUGAUCGCUUAGGAGUUAGGGUUCCAGCCAUCUUGAUAUCUCCUUGGAUCGAAAAAGGAACUGUGUUACAUGGACCAUCUGGACCAUAUCCAACAUCUCAAUUCGAACAUUCUUCGAUUCCUGCCACCGUGAAGAAGAUUUUUAACUUGAAAGAGUUCCUUACCAAGCGCGACGCUUGGGCGGGAACUUUUGAGAGUGUGAUCAACAGAGACAAUCCAAGAACUGAUUGCCCUGAAACUUUGAUAGAACCUGUGAGAUUGAGGGAGACUGAAGCGAAGGAGCAUGCUAAAUUAAAUGACUUCCAGAAAGAAAUGGUUCAGAUGUCAGCAGUGUUAGGGGGAGACCAUGAAAAGGACAUUUAUCCACACAAACUUGUGGAAGACAUGACUGUUUCUUCAGCAGUGGAAUAUGUCAACACCUCAUUGAAGAAGUUUUUUGAUGAAUUUGAGAGAUUGAAGCAAAAUGGAGCCGAUGAAUCCACUAUUAUUUCUUUACCUCUACCUGGUGAACCUAUUCAGCCAAAGAAACAAGCCAACUCUCGCUCUUUUGUCUCCAAGCUCUUUUCUUGUGUUGCUUGUAACAAUUCAUAAACUUCACCGUAAGGGAUCGUGUUAUAUAGUGCCAAGUCUUGCUCAUGUAACAUAAUCUCUUCAUUGAACUAGCAAUCUUCCUUGUGCUGUAUUUUGUUGCUCCAAGAUUUACGUGUUUGAUUGGCAUUGCUUUCAAUUCAUAAACAGUGUGGAAAUGAAUAUUAUCUUUUCUUCCUACAUUAAAAUCUUGUAAUUU